AUGGAUUUCAAGAAGUCAAUCCAGGAAGAGAGCAGCAUCAUAGCUGUAGCUAUCGCUAUCACUGCGCUAUCCCUGGACAACCUGAGCCGAACACAUUGGACCGCUCGCGCUUUCUUCAUACUGAGCUUGCUCACUUCGAUCAUAGCGGUUUACUAUGCAACAAAACAGUACCGUAUUCUCGGGCACUGUUCACGUGCCGAGCACGUGAAGGCGUGGAUCCAGAACCUGGACAAGGACUCACCUACGAGCAUUUAUGAGAAGCUCCCUUCUGUGGCAUCCGUCCUCACCGUAUCAGCACCGAACAUGCUGCUGUCUUUCUCACUCAAUUCCUUCCUGGCCGGAUUGGGUAUCUACCUUGGAUUCACAUGGAUACGAAGCUUGGACGAAACAGCUGGUGUCAACGGGAGUCGCGCUGUGUUCAUCACUUACAUCGUCGGACUGUGUAUCAGUUACGGAAUAUAUGCGUUAUCAAGCAUGGUUGUAUCGAACCAGACCUAUGUAAGUGACGAAGAAUUACUUCGCGCAGUGAACGGCUUGCCUCCAGGCGACAGAGACGGUUCAAAUCACGAAGAAACGGGAGGAGGAUUCGGCGACUUGCCCACCCCGGCUUCUGCGAACAGGAGUGACAACAUUAGCCUCGAUUUGCACACUCCGCAAAUGCCUCCAGAGACGGAGCCACGCCACUACACUUCCUCCAACGACGUGUCAACCCGUCGCGAGCUAUUAGAGGUUUUCCAAGAAGCUGCAAGGCUGCGCGCAGCGUCAGGGAAAGUUGACGAGCGCUUGGCUGGACUUCUGGAGAAGAUUGUAGAGGAUGAUAUGGUUUAG